AUGGAGAAUGCAACACUCGGAGGGCACUGUGAGGCUGUAAGGCUAUUGCUGUCCAAAGGAGUUCCUGUGGAUCCUGUUGAUCAUCGAGGGGCGCCGUUACACUUGGCUGCUUCAAAAGACCAUGUUGAGGUUGUGAAGUUUCUGCUGGAGCAUGCUGCUGAUAUCAACAAAGUGGUCAAUCACAUCGUUUCACCCCUCACGAUUGCUCUAUGUGGGAAGUCCCUGAAAUGCAUCAAGCUACUGAUUGAGGCUGGUGCUGAUGUGAAUGCUCUUGAUUCCUCUGCACCAACUCCUUUAGCACAAGCAGUUCAUGAUGGCUUAACCGACAUUAUCAAGUUACUUCUAGAGGCUGGUGCUGAUGUGAAUGGUCUUGGUUCCUCUGCACCAACUCCUUUAGCACAGGCAGUUUAUGAUGGCUUAACCGACAUUAUCAAGUUGCUUCUAGAGGCUGGAGCUGACCCUAACAUUCCUGACCAAGGAAGUAUAUCUCUGUCUUCAUCUCACCUUUUACUAUCUUGUAAGCUUUGCGAUUUGCAAUCUUGGCCCCUUUCUCCUUGCAUCCGAUUCAGGGUGGAACGUAAGCUAGGUCACCAGAGAUACAAAGUACGUUGUAUAGAUUGUUCAUGUUUGACAAAAUACUGUUCAGUAGUUAUUUACUCAGUGCAUCUGUUUGGGUUUGCUUCACAGCUCGGACUGCACCAAGGUCUAAUUCCAAUUGAGCAAGCAGCAGUUCGUCGUCGACGUGAGCUUGUUGAAGUUCUGUUUCCUUGGACAACACCAAUUUCAUGUCUUCCAGAUUGGAGUGUCAAUGGGAUAAUAAGAACAGUGAAUUAUUGGCGCAUCAAUCCUCUUCAGGCAUGUAGAUAUUUUUUUUAUUACUUCCUUCCAGGUUAUCUCAUGAAGCUUAAUGCUCGUGAUGUGGUUGUAUGGGCCGCAGUUUCGAUGGAAGAAAGAACUGCUUAUUGGAAGUCGCGAGGAAAGGAAGCAUUUGCAAGGGGGGACUACCUUACAGCAAUUUCCUGCUACGAUAAGGUACUUGACAUAAACCCAUCUGAUACCCCGAUGCAUGCCAACAAGAGCCUCUGCUGGCUGCGUAUGAGACAUGGGCGUCUAACUCUGGAAGAUGCACGCAAGUGCAAAAUGAUACGGCCCCGUUGGUCCAAGGCCUGGUAUCGUGAAGGUGCAGCCCUCAGCUUCAUGAAGGACUAUGAUGGCGCCGCCGACGCGUUCUGGGAGGCGCUGCAGCUGGACCCCAAGAGUGGAGAGAUUAGGGAAGCGCUGAGGAAGGCCGAGAAGGCUGCAGAGGAGUCAUGGCGCAUGUAAUGUAAGCAACCACCGAUACCGGGUUGCUCAGAGAGAAGGAACAACAGAAAACUCUAGCCUGUUUCCUCUCACAUAUCCCUGAGACAUCCCUUUAACGGCUACUAAGUACCCUACUAGUUCUAAUAGGUAGGACUGCUCGUGUGUUAAUUAGGAUGUCUUGCGCUCGCAAGCUAAACCAGUUUCAAACUGUGUGCUCGAUCAUGGGUCUCGAUUUUGGCAGGUUACAACGACGUGACCUCAUGCUUUUGGCAUCUUAGUUAUGUAGGGUGAUCUGUUGUAGAUUUAGGUGGAUGUUAUACUAUCCUGAGAGUCGCCAAACAUUUCUCUGUAUUUUGCGUCUGAGAACAGUGUUAGCUCAGGUGAAAAAUGCAUAGCUGGUGCUAAUUGUUAGAGGAAGUAGAGUUUCUGUUCCA